AUGACAGAUGGUAAAGUCAGUUGCCGCUGUACCCUUGUCCUUCUGCACGCUUUAGUCUCGGAAAAUGCUACACCACCUUAUUCGACAAACAAAUCCCCUUCUUGGCGAAAGCUGGAUAUUAGUUUAGAUACCACCUUCAACUUCGAGAGUGGUAUUACUAUUUUUUCAAGACAUCUGAGAAUUGAGCCGGCUAUACAGAAGUUUGAAUAUCUUUUAUAA